AUUUGGGUUUGGUGUUCUGCAGUUGUUUUCAUGUAUUUCAGCCAAAUUGCUCGAGGGUGAGGCAGGGUUGAUGACGACGAGUUUACUAAAUGAAUCAGUGGUCUAAACACAUAGGUCGGCGUGAAUCUAAAUACAGAUAUUUGGAGGACGAGGAACCGUGAAGUGCCAUCAGCUUCGACCAAACUACCUUUAUGAGAGAAGGUUCACCAUAUUUUUCGGGACCCGCUCUUUUGCUGUUUUGCUAAAAUGAUGCCAUAGUGCGUGCUAUUUUGCGGCGCCAACUAAAUACUAACAUGAAAUUGUAAUACAAGUCUUUGUGAAUAUGUAUAACAGUAGGAGUAAGGAUUCGCUGCUGGAAUGAUUUGCUGUUAUUCUGUGCUUCUGCUAUUCUGAACAAUUUUGCUGCUUAAUUUUGCUGCUUAAUUCGACAGAACAUAUUGACAAAUAAUUUGUGCUUAUUAUAGCAGAAGUUAGUUUGCUUAAAACAAUUGAAGAUAAAUAACAGUUUGCUGCUUUAUGGAGGAUUCACGCCAAUAUCCGCCAAACCUAGGCUUUUUAUGUAACGGAAUAAUAAAAGAGAUUGAGAACCUACGCCAGGAUUGCUGAUAUAUUUAGCCCUGUGACAUGUAUAAUAGAUAGGUCUGGUAAACCGAUUGAAUUUCGCCUUUUUUCCUGUCAGUUAUUUGUUGCCCGCUAAACAAGGAGCUUUAAUACGGUGUUACAAAGAGAAACACAAGAUAGUUUGGAAGGAUUUAUAUAAUGACGGAAGUAAAGGUCCCGGAUGCUGGUGGUGCCACAAUGAAGAUGGUGGACAUUGGAGGAUUCAUACAUCCAAAUUUUUACAGAUCUGGGCCGGAAGCUCAACAACUUUUCGACACCGUUCCAAAUUACAUAUUCCGCAAUGACGAUAUUAUGCUUUGCACAUUUAGUAAGACAGGCACAAACUGGGUAUUUGAAAUACUCAUGAUGAUUUUAAACAGGUCUGCGAAGCGAAUAGAAACGAACAAAAGUUUAACAAUGCUCGAAUGUGUAACUGCUGAGGAGACAGACCAGCAACCAUCACCGAGAGUGGUGAAUUGUCAUUUUCCGCCAAGAUUUCUCCCUCUGGCUGGUAUGAAGGCAAAGCAGAUCAAGACAGUUUUAUGUUUACGGAAUCCCAAAGACACAGCUGUAUCAUAUUACAAUCAUAUGAAGGGUUUCAAAUCAUACGAUUACGAUGGUAAAUGGGAAGACUGGUUGCCAGUGUUUGUGCAAGGAAAAUUGGAAUAUGGGAGGUACAGUGAAUAUUUGUUGAAAUGGCAGCGCGAAGUACAGAAUGAUCCAGGAUUCCCUCUGCACAUUAUGUUCUAUGAAGAUCUGAAAAUGAAUGGGAGAGAAGAGCUGGAUAAGUUGCUAAAGUUUCUCGACAUACAGUUAGAUGAACAACUGAAAAAUGACAUCAUUGACACGUGCGGUUUUAAGAAAAUGUCUGAGGAGAAAGGAGAAGGCAAAAUAUAUGAAGAGUACAGCAAACCAGGUUUCAAAUUCUUUCGUAAAGGGCAAGUUGGAGACUGGAAGAACUGGUUUACUGUUGCACAGAAUGAAAUGUUUGAUAAAAUUUGGGAAAACGAAACAAAAGACUUGGAAGUGUUCAAGUUCAAGUAUACUUUGAAUAACGACUAAUCUCAUAGAAAGUUUGUAAAACUGCUUAGGAUUAAUUGUAUAAGGACAAAAGACUUGGAAGUGUCCAAGUUCAAGUAUACUUUGAAUAACGACUAAUCUCAUAGAAAGUUUGUAAAACUGUUUAGGAUUAAUUGUAUAAGGGCAUCGUUUAAACAUACAGGUACCUUUAAUAUAUCUGGGAAUCAUUUUUCCAUUUCAUGUAACGUAGCAUUUUACAAUACAUGCAUUAUUUCUUUAUAGUGCAUAUAGUGUAAUUAAUAAGAUUUACCUACACUAAGUUUGGUGUCAUUGA